AUGCCACUUCGUAUUCGGCCUACACAACUUCACAACCAUGUAGAACAUCUAAUGAAAGGUGGUAUAUACAACAAAGCCCCGAUAUGGUAUCCAGUAAUGAAAAUGUAUCCACCAGGACAAAGUUUAUUGCGGACUCCUAAUAAUAAUACCAACACUUUGAAUGACAACAGCAAUAGUAACACUGACAUGUUGAACGAUAAUGAUGUUAAUAUUGAAAUAACAUCCGAUCCAAUCAACAAAUCCACUAAAAAAAGAUCACGUUCUUCAAAUUCCUUAAAACAUUUACGCACAAAAAGCAUAAGACCGCAACCGAUAGUCUACCCGGAAGACGCUCUGCGUCGCCAGUUCUAUCGUGAUCACCCGUACGAGUUGUUACGUCCGCGAAUGUUGAUGGAAAAAGAGAUUCCGGUUGAUAAAGUGUGGAAGUCGUUGGUGGGUGAUGACGAAGAUCCGUCUGAGGUUACUGGUGAAAGUGUUGUUCAGUAUCAAAUGUAUCUAAUGGCACACAAGAGUAUGAGUCAGCGUCAGGCCUACGCGGUCGCAUGCAACGAAUUCUACGAGAUACGUGCACGUGAAGAGAUCGAACAACGAGUUGCAGAGGAACAAGCGAUUGCUUUCGGUGCUGUGCGCAAGAAAUCUGAAGUUGAGAAGACAAUGUGGAAAGAGUAUAAGGAGAUAAGAAGGACGAGGAAUGCUGUUUGA